GGUUACUCGAGCGAGCACCGCGGCGACAGGCCCCCUGCCGCAGGGAUGGACCGCGGAGGCGGCGGCGGAGGCGGCGCAGGCGGCCGGCCCGGAUAAGAUGCUCCGAGUCAUUUGCAGUGCUCUUCAAAAGAAAAAACUCUAGUGCUCUACUCUUGCCAUACUACCAAACUUUUUUGAUUUUGUUUUGGUGCUGAAACACUGGAAGAAUUGCAUGUAGGCUCUAAGAGGAGGAUCUAUCCCUUUUAAAAUUUUAUCAUUCUGUGUGAAUGGAACGGGUUUAUUGUCUUAUUGCCCAUCCUAUUUUAAAGCUGCUUCACCACCUUCUAUACUGCUUAAUGAAUCGGGACCUUUGCCAAUGAGCCACAUAGCCAAUUCUUGCCAAGAGCUGGUUGAAAACUGUGCCGUGCAUGUAGCAGGGAUGGCACAAGAAGAUAGCCAUCGUGGUCAAGUGCCAUCCACGUUUUAUCAUGGUGCCAACCAAGAACUUGACCUGUCCACCAAAGUGUACAAAAGAGAGUCAGGAAGCCCUUAUUCUGUUUUAGUGGACACCAAAAUGAGCAAACCACAUCUCCACGAAACAGAAGAACAACCUUUUUUCAGGGAAACCAGAUCAGUGGCUGAAGUCCGUGCUGUUAAAGAAGACCAGGAGAACUCUGAUGACAUGGAAGAAGAAGAGGAAGAAGUAACUUAUAAAAGGGAACAGAUUAUAGUAGAGGUAAACCUUAACAACCAAACAUUAAAUGUAUCUAAAGGGGAGAAAGGUGUUUCUUCUCAGUCCAAAGAGACUCCAGUUCUUAAAACCAGCAGUGAGGAGGAAGAGGAAGAAAGUGAGGAAGAGGCCACUGAUGAUAGUAAUGACUAUGAAGAGAAUGAACGGCAAAAGAAAAAGGAGAAGAGAGUGGAGAAAGUCAGUGUUGCACAAAGGAGAACAAGGAGAGCUGCCUCAGUCGCCGCAGCUACCACUUCCCCUACACCCAGAACAACCAGAGGCCGUAGGAAAAGUGUAGAGCCUCCCAAGCGUAAGAAGAAGGCUGCAAAGGAGCCAAAGGCACCAGUGCAGAAAGCUAAGUGUGAAGAGAAAGAGACUUUGACUUGUGAGAAGUGUCCCAGGGUGUUUAAUACACGCUGGUACCUAGAGAAGCACAUGAAUGUCACUCAUAGGCGCAUGCAGAUCUGUGACAAAUGUGGCAAGAAAUUUGUCCUGGAAAGUGAGCUGUCCCUCCAUCAGCAAACAGACUGUGAAAAAAACAUCCAGUGCGUUUCCUGUAACAAAUCAUUCAAGAAGCUCUGGUCCCUUCAUGAACAUAUCAAGAUUGUCCAUGGAUAUGCAGAAAAGAAAUUUUCCUGUGAGAUUUGUGAGAAGAAGUUCUACACCAUGGCUCAUGUGCGGAAGCACAUGGUUGCACAUACAAAAGACAUGCCAUUUACAUGUGAAACCUGUGGAAAGUCAUUCAAACGCAGCAUGUCACUCAAGGUGCAUUCCCUGCAGCAUUCUGGAGAGAAGCCCUUCAGAUGUGAGAACUGUGAUGAAAGGUUUCAAUACAAGUACCAACUUCGCUCCCACAUGAGCAUCCACAUUGGACACAAACAGUUCAUGUGUCAGUGGUGUGGUAAGGACUUCAACAUGAAACAGUACUUCGAUGAGCACAUGAAAACACACACUGGAGAGAAACCUUUCAUCUGUGAAAUCUGUGGCAAAAGUUUCACCAGCCGCCCAAACAUGAAGAGGCACCGCAGAACUCACACAGGCGAGAAACCCUAUCCAUGUGAUGUGUGUGGCCAGCGGUUUCGCUUCUCCAACAUGCUCAAGGCCCACAAGGAGAAGUGUUUUAGGGUUACCAGCCCUGUGAACAUCCCGCCUGCUGUCCAGAUCCCACUUACAACUUCCCCAGCCACCCCGGUUCCAUCCAUAGUGAACACACCCACAACCCCUACCCCACCAAUCAAUAUGAAUCCAGUAAGCACUCUUCCCCCACGGCCCAUUCCCCAUUCCUUUUCACACCUUCACAUUCACCCACAUCAUCCUCAUCACCUCCCCAUCCCUCCAGUCCCUCACUUACCCCCACCUCCAGCUCUCUUUAAGAGUGAGCCUUUAAAUCACAGAGGCCAGAGUGAGGACAACUUUCUGCGACACCUGGCAGAGAAGAACAGUUCAGCACAUCAUUAACAAAUAUCUUCUUCAAUCUAUUGUCCCUUGGGUUAUGCACCCACUUGAGAGUUUGCAAAGUGGGAAUUCAUGAGGUUGUGAGGAGCUCUAGAUCCCACUUCCUCUUAGCCUCCAGCAAAAGAGCCUUGUCAUUGGCUUGGUGUACCAGCAGAUCCAAGUGAAUGAAUGAGAAGACUACCUUUGGCUCAUAGAGGAGAAGGAUCAUCGUAACCAGGGGAGCCAAUGAAACUAAAGCCCAAUAUGCUUGCGUUUUACUGAUGACUUUUAUAAAUUUCAAAUAUUGAGACUUGUGGAAUUUUAUAAUUUCAUAUCAGCUGAUGAGGUAUGCUUGCUUUUAUAUCCUGGACUUCUCCUCAAAGAGGGGACAGGCCUGGUUUCCUUUUACUAAUCGGGGAAGGCUGUGAGAUUAAUCCAGAGCAUUAAUUGUAUCACUGUGUAUUGUAACAAAUUCUUUUCAGCUUUUGAUGCCGGCAACAGAGGUGGGCUGGCUACGUAUCACAGUAUAUCAAGCAUUAUAGAGAAAGACAAAAAUGUCUUGUUUGUGUAGCUCUCUCCUAACGCACUCUUUAUUUUACUACAGAAAUUAUUUUAGAGUUUUUGUAUAGACCUCUUUAGUAGUUACCUGUUUCUAAAAUGAAAUGUAUUUCAAUAAGCGGUGUAAUUUUUUUCAGUGUAGCUGGACCUAUGUUGUAAAAUAGAAAAAUUUUUAUAAUCAUCAAAAUGUGAUUCUUAAAGAUGCAUAUAGCUUCUAUAGUUAAAAGUUAUCCUUACAUCCGUACUACUCAAAGGUGCUUCAGAGACUAAAUGUAUAUCUGAGAAGGUCUCCAGGCCAGACUGCUGCAAAAAUUAUGUUUUGCUUUCAGAACUUGGUAUAAGUUAUUUGGUAGUUUUUAAAUCUCCACUUCCCACCCAAGUGUCUCUUAGGCUCACUGAACAUGCUCCUUUACCGUAGGUGGAGUAUUAUAUGAAAUGUUUUGAAAAGGAAUGGGUCUCUUUCCAAGAAAAACACCAGAGAGCACACACACGUUUUGAAAACGUGAGAGGAGUUGCUCACUACCUAGAAAAGGGCAGGGAGUGGAAGUUGUCUCCUGUCAGUCAUAUCUGUUCCUCAUUCUCAUCAGGAACAGUGUUCAUGUUUAACUUUUAUGAUAUGACUAAUUUGAGGUUCAUAUCAUGUGCUGCUUGUUUUCAGGUUGCUUUCUUUUUCUGGAGUUGUUAGGAGAAGGAAAAAUACUAAACUCUAAUCACAAACAUGACGUUGCUGAUAGAGGCUGAAGAGGCAUUUAGAUGAGAACAUAAGCUGGUCAUAUGAUUGAAAAUGUCUUUUAUCACUGGAUAUAUCCACAACUUGGAGCUUUUCUAACGUGUAACAUAAUAGCAAAGGAAAACUCGUAAGACUUCACUGUCCUGUCCUACGUAAAUGUAAAAGUGGCCAAUUUGAACAAGUGGUAGGGAUAGCACACCUCUAAUACUUUCAGCCAACUAAUUUUUUCAGAGACUGAUAUUUUAGCAAGAGUCAGCAGUUAUUAUAGGGAAUGGUUCAGCAGGUGGCCUUGUUGCACAUCAGUUGUAGUAAACUGCUGAAUGGCUCUCCUGUUUCUUCCCCUUCUAUUUUAAUUUAAACGGCACUGACUCUUACAGUAAGCUUUUAAAAAUUAGUGUUGCCCCCCACUUUAGAGAAAUGAGAUUUGGCUGUCAUUGUCCUCUUUUGUUUUGGGUUUUCCCUCAAAAGUCCCCAGUGUUUCUCUUCCCCUAUAUUUUCAAAUAACUGCCUCUACCAGCACCCCAACAUUUGAAGGUUCAUUUUUUUCAAAUGUGCUAUUGUGUUAGAGGUUCUCUUCUGGCUCAUGAACUUUGUGUUAUUACCUAAAACUGAGGGUUAAAGUCCCUGUUCUAAAACAUCACAUUCUUUUCUAUUAGCCUUUUUAUUCUAAUCUUCUUACCUCUGCCUGUCUGCUGUGAUUACCAUAGGAAGCUUUGAGAAUGGGGGAGAAAACCUUUGCUUCCUGUUUUAUGUGUAAGCCUUAACAAAAAUUGGGACAGUUUUAAGAAUUAUUUCUCUUGAUAUUUGGAUACAUUUUUAAAUCUCCCAGGUACAUAAGCCAAUAAGGAAAGCUAGGUCCUUGUUUAUAUGACUUUUAUCCUUAGUGGCUGCUCUCCCAUAAACUCCUUGCAUUCCAUGCCACACUUGUCAUCUACAUUUUUGUGUAGACAUGCCACUAUUUUAUGGUCAGACCUGUUAAAAAUGCUUUGUUUUAUUAUUUAAAAUGUAUCUUAGUUAAAUUAUAUCUUACUUUGUUCUAAACAGCUUCACAGUAUUAGACAGCCAUUUGGACUUAUAAUUUAAGACCAUCUUGUCCAUUUCCUAGGAAUACUGUAAUGAUACACUGGGAAUUUCAGGUGGUCCUACCUGUGAUUUGGGAGUUGCAGAUCUAUAACCCUUAAGAAAGAACCCACAACCCAUGAGAAAUCCAGUAUUAAGCAGUUACUACCAUCCUAAAAAAAAGCUCAAAAAGCUAUAAAAAAAAUCAGCCAAAAUUGUCACAAAAUAUAAUGGCUAGUGAAAGUCAUUGUGGAGCAGCCUUAAAAUAUCACCAAUUCUUGUCUAAUUUUGUUUUCUGGGUUUUGACUUUACUUGACUGGUAUCCAUGGUUUUAAGGAAAAGUACUCAGAAAAUCUAAUGUGUCUUCACAAUUUUCACAUUAAAAAUUAAUCAAGACAUAUUACAGAAUACUUAUGAGUGCUUCUGAACAUGAGAACUGCAGGAUUAAGCCUUAAACUUAACCUGUGUCCAGUUAACCUAAAAACUCAGGAACUCAGAGUUGGAAAUUUGGUUGAUAAAUAAUUACUUGGUUUCCCUAGUGGGCUUGCCCUUCUCUUCCCUCACCCCACAUAGUCCCACUACCCUGCAGAAUCAUUAACUAGAUGUUCAUCUGUUUAGAAGGAAGAAUAUGGAGGAAGAGUUUGGUCUCUAGUCUUUUCUGUAUGUGUCUUUCCAUAAGUCUCUUAAGGACUUUGAUGGCUACAUUAUAUAGCGUAUUGAAGCAUUACAUUGGUAUUAAGUGAGGCUGUCUGUUAUUAUACAAUCUUACUGUCUUUGACAGUUCCUAUCCCAUUGCUUAAAAUAUGACAUAUUUGAAGAUACAAAGACAUUUUUGAGUUAAGAUAGUAGCGUAUAUUUUCUUUACCUUUUCCCAUGACAUUAAAAACUCAAAUAAAAAAUCUUAGCCCAUAAUGUAAAAUUGCUGCUUUUUACCCAGUUGAAUCAGGUUAGCUCAUAUUGAGUGAGGUUUUUUUUGGUUUGAACAAUGGAGAAGAGGUAAACAUAACCUAAGUCUUAUGGCACAUAGCUUCACUGCCACAUAUAUAUUUGUGACUUCAUUCUUAUAUACUUUUAAUGAGAAAGGGAGCCUUCCACAUAAAAACCUUACCAUAGUAUCAAAAGACACUUUAGAAAAUUAGUAGCAUGUUUGAAGCCUACAAUUUUGCAUUAACGAUUCUAAAUGAAUGGCUAAACAUGAAAGUACCAUAUUUGUACUUAAUGUUUUGUAAAUACUGUUCCAAGACUCCCUUUAAUUUGGUUGUUCGUUUACUGUGUGCCUGGUGUACUGAAAAUGAUGUCCUCUUUGGAAAAGAUGCUUCCAAAUACUGAAUUUCCUAAUCUCUUCUCCCCUUAUAUCUCCCUGAUUUUUUAAAGUUUUCGUACUUUUUGGCUGGAUGUUUGUGUUUCAUUUAAUGUCACUGGAAGUUUCUGGUAAUAACAAUUGUGAUGAAACUCAUUGAAGAAGUAUAUUUAUCCCAUUUUGCAAACCCUUGUUAAUUUGAAAUAUGACAUAUAGAUACUUUGUAACAUCAGACUACCCAUGUUAAAUUUAGAGAUACUUCUGCUUGAUCUACUAUAAAUAAGAAUAUUAUACUAUGUAAAGCAAGUUAGGCUUGUGUACCCACAAAACAAGCAUUUUGAUGCCCUUCUAGAUUUAGAAUCAUGAGAAUGUUUGAUAAAGGGGGAUAAAUUGCUUUUAAGAAUUCUGCCAGUUGUAUUUAAGAUCAUCUCACUUGGAAUUCUGCAUAUUUUACAAUUGGACAAAUUGCUGUUGGUUUUACUUUUCCUUUAAAAAAACUCACUCCUCCUUUGCUGAACCAAGAUUAGAAAUCCCAUUAAAAAAUAAAAGCAUUUUUCAGUAAUGGAAAGGUCAUAGGUUAUUACAGAUAGUAACAUAAUUAUGCAAUAAUAGCUUCUAAGCUAGCCUGCUUCUGUCAUCUGUAACAUUUACAAUAAUUAAUGAUGACCUUCCAACCCUGGAUUACUACCUCGAUAAAGCAAACCAGAGGUCCUCUCUUCCCUUAUUAUGGAAGCCAUAAAAGUUGCCACCAAUAUGUCCAUUUUCAUAGUUCUUUACUUUUAUACUCUAUAAUCCUGACUUUUUAUAGACCUUGCAAUCAGAUCCUUUUGUCAUAGAGGAAAGGCUUUACAAGUUUGGACCAGCAUGGAGUUUUAGCUCCUUUGGUUUACGAGGACUUAGGUGAAUUCGCCAGGUGAAUCAAAUUCCCUAUUUAAGUCAAACCAUUUUACCCAGCUUUAUUUUUUACUGAUGGAACCCUGCCUCCUUCCUAUUCUUUAAGUUUCCUGCAUUGCUAUGGAAAUUAUUUGUGGAAUGGAAUUCUACUUUGUUGCUCUAUUGAUUAAUAAUUGGUGUGUCGGCAAAUCACCUCUUAAAUUGUUUCAUUUCCUUGAGUUACACAAAUUAAUGCAAACCUACUUUUUCUUAUUCUUCUUCCAUCAUUGCAGCUUAAGCCCUCUCUCAUUCUUGAGUGCCUUGAAGAAACCAGCAUUCCUGGAAAUUUUUCUCCCUGGUUUAGAUCCUACCUCUGCUUCAUUUUCCAUGAGUGUUGGAUUUUGUCUUUAAUUCAUUUGGUUUAAACUCUUCAAAAACUAGUAAAAGCCUCAGACAGAAGUUUGGAACAUAUCUCUGAAUGAAUUCUCUCCCCUAAUUUUCCAGGUUUUAUGGUAGCAGCUGAUUAUAUAUUAGUUUUACCCUAGACCAUUCUCCUUCUGUCUCUUCAAUAAUAAAAGUUUUGCUCCUGUGUCUUGACUCCUAACAUUUGCUUCGUUGGCCAGUAAAUUAAAUUCCUUGCAUAGUUCAUGUACAGUUUUUGCUCAUCUUAGUCUUCCUGAAUUCUUCCCCUUUCACUUAAGGGGGUGGGCUUCAGUGCUGCUGUUGCUUGCUAUACAAUACCUUUUCUCAUUUGUUCUCUCCAAGCAUCAGUUUGCAGAAAAUGUCCAUGACAUUUUCUCUUACUCAAAUCUAAUUCAAAAUAGUUUCUUAGUUUUUUCAUAAGCCCUCUUUAUCUUGACUGUUUAAUCUUUCUUCCCCAUUUCCACGAUCACCUAUCCCAAUGACUUCUUUUGUUUUUCUCUUUGGGAUACUAGUCUCAAGGUAGUUCCAACUCCUUUUAAAAUUCUUACCUUAUUUCCCCCACUACUUCUCUGCCCCCUUUCUCUUCUAGGUUUCCCCUUCUUAUCCACCCCCCCCAAACACAUCCUUUAGCUCUUUCUUUUUCUAGUUUUCCCUACAAUCAAUUUUUACAACAUAAUUGUUAUUCAGUAUGAAGGACAUUAAACAAAAACAAGGGUUGCUCUAUGAUCUGUAUGUGACAUCAGAGUCUGAAUUGGUAAAGCACUUGGACAUUGUGCUUUGCUGCCACAAAAGGGGUUUGUGCUGUGCAUACACCUCUCUUCCUUUCAAUUCUUAUCCAGAACUGAAAAUAAAAUCCUUUACAAAAUGAAGAAACUAGAAUAGUUGGGUUUUUUGUUUGUUUUAAAGGAAUGCAAACUAUUAAUCUGAAUAUUUUUAUUAUCAGCAAAACCUUUGCAUUAUCUUUUUAAAGCUACUGUUCUCCCUAAAUUCACUUUCUUUUUGUGAGUAGUCCUUGGGCUUUUCAAGACUGAUUAAACUCAUAAGAAGAGGUAAAAGGGGAUAUGGUGAGGCAGGAGACCAGAGAAUAUAGCUAUUGGUGAACCUUUCAUUCUUUUUGUCUGACCAUUCCCCCAUCUCCCCCGCCCACCCAUGUUACUGGUUGGUCAAGGAAAAGAUUCACAGGUAGUUGAAAGUUUAGCUAUACUUUUUUGGAAGGGAACACUAGUUUAUAAACCAUGUAAUUUUUUCAUCUAAAUUAACAAGUUAAGAUUUUAUACAUCAAAAAAAAAUUUCUUCUAUGAUUAAUUUUCACUUGUCUAUAAUAUUAGCACCCAGAGGUUUGGCUCUCUCAAGUGUUUUUUUGGCUGACAUGUAGCAUUUUUAGCUAUUCUCUUUAGCUGUUCCAGGCAAAAAAUAGUGAUGAACAUUUGGAAGAUUUAAAGCAAGUCUGUCAAGAAAACUUGAUGAUUUGGUGUUGCUGAGUAGCAAAGUUUUGAAACAGUCAGCAGAGGGGGCCCUUGUUCUCUGGACAGGUUGCCUCACAGCCUACCUGAUCCAUACUUGUGAAGACCAUCUCUAGUGGGAGUAGAAAUAAUGAUAAAUUACUUCUUUGGGAAUGGAACAGGAGAGGAAGUGGCAAAGAAGUGGUUGAGUGUUGGUUAAUUUUAGAAGGUAUCUGCUUCUUUCUAAUCAGCUAGAGACAGACUGAAUGUGUUGAGGAAGAGAAGUGCUCCUGAAUGUACAUCUCUCCCUGAUUAUAUAUCUUUAAUGGGGGAUGUUGUGAAAGGAAACAGCUUAACUAGCAGGAUUGAGGUCUCAAAUCACAUUUUGCAUAGGACUUAAGAAACCAACCUGUUUACAUUUGAAAAUUAGUAGGAAAUAAUUUAUACCCAGAACCUAACUUCCUAAAAAUUCUCUCAUUUUCUGCUUGAUCAUUUGAAUCAUUCUUGAUUUAGGUCAAGAGUUUAAAUGCUAUAAUAUGAUUUCAGUGUUUGCUGCUAAGGUUAUACUCUCAAGUUAUAGGCAGACUCUGAAAAUCUGAUCAAUGCCUUUCAAUCUUCCGCAUAGAGUGUGCAUGUGCAUUUUAUCCAUCUCUUUGCAGGGGCUAUAUGAUUACUGAUAAAAAUCUACCAUUAUUCAGCAUUACUGUGCUUGCCCAAGGGGAGUGGCAGGAUCUUUAAAAAGUCUCUAUUGUGAAAAAGACAUCUCUUGUAUUAUAUAACUUUCUUUGCUUCUACUCCUCCCUGCUUACUUUAGUGUUUACUUAUAACUUUGGAUUCUGAAACUUUAUUUUCUCCUGUAACUACAGUCUCUAUUCCAAUUCCCUUGAUGUAGGCAGACUGGUAAGGAAUACUUUGAUGCCGGAAGUCAGGGAUGAUUUGGGAGCAUGAAUUGGGCAGGGAAGCCUAUUUAAAAUAAUAAUGUCCAGUGAUGAGAGCCAGUGCUUUUCCAUGUGGGGUAGAAGCUUUUUCUAAAGAGUCCUCAUAUGCCGAAUGCCAAAGCAGGAAGGCAAUCUUGUUUUCUCUUUCCUGCCCUUUUCCCUAAUCUCUACUUUCCAUACCACCCUUUACUUGCAGUAGUUGGGGAAAAUAAGACAGAACAUGAAAUCAUUAACUUUCAGGAAUGGGGCAAGGGUGGGGGUUUUCUUGUCAUUCUGAAUUUAAUAGGAAGGAGACUCAAAAUCAAGUUUGGCCCCAUAUUAUGGGAUAUAUAGUUAUACCUCCCCAUCUCAGCUCCAAAUGGAUAACUGUUACACUAGGAUCAUUAUCUCCUAUGUCAGACCAAAGGGCCUGAGCCCUGGGAUGGCAUCUUUAGCAGGCACUCCUUCAGCUUGGAAUUCAACCUGGUGCUCUGUGCUCUGUUAGGCUAGAGGCAGACAAUUUAAAGUAGUAAAACUAUCUCCCUCAUGGACUAAGUGGCAACAUUUCCUCCUGCACAUAAACAGGCAAGUAAGGGCCCAAGGAGAAAUACCUAGGCGAAUAUCAGUCAGUGAAACUAAUGCCAUUUGCACCUGAAAGACUAGGUCUUACUCUGGUCCAUUUUUCCCAGCCUAAUUAGACGCUAAGAAAACCCACCAAGCACAGAGCAUUGAUUCUACUUGUAACCCCAGCGCUUGACAGAAAAGCACUGAUCUUAGUAGCAGAUGGUUAGGUGUAACUAGUUUGCCCUCUUUUCCCCCCCUGACAGUACAGAAAUCACUUGCACUUUUCUUUAUUUCUUAAGGAAAAAUAAAAAAAUCCAGUUUGCUUGCCAGGAAUUGUUGAGCAUUAGGUUUACAAAGCUUGUCGUUGAAUGUUAAAAACUUGUCCAAAGGAGUUUGGCAAAAUAAGAAGCUGCUUGGUCCCUGUUCUUGCCUUCUCAGUCAUAAGGAUUAUUAAGGCUGUGUAGCUUGGAUGCUUAUGGCAAGUCCAGAACAGGGUAGCAUCCCUCUCCUACCUCUCUGUGGAGAUGCAAUUGAAGGUCAAAUCAGACUUGAUGUAGGGCAGGUACCCCUCAUGCUGCAGCAAGUUCAAAGGAGUCUUUGAGUUGGGGAGGUGACAGACAAAUAGGACAGGAUUUCUGGUCUGGAAAGAUCCCCAGGAGAGGCACUUUGCCCUCAGGAAUUGCAGUGAAGUAGACUGAGCUCUUCUUUAGCAUUUCCAAACUAGUGCAAGCUGUCUAGUUUUCCUGGGGCACUUUUUUCCUGUAUCCUGUCAGACCCCUCAUGUAUUGAUUCUUUUCCCUUUGUGUUGACCAUACCAUAAUUAUUAUUUUUUUUUUAGCAAUUGAAUGCACUUUUAUUUCAAUUCAAUCAUGAUUUUAAACAUAAAAAAUAUAGAUUGUUAAAACUAUUUGUGUAUUUUUAACCACUCAAUGUAGCAUUGUAUAUUUUAUUCUUGUGAGACUCUGGUACAAGGUGUGCCGCUUCACGAUAUUUCCGAGAUGCUGGGCCUUUGGAUGUGUACGGUAACCAACCUAAUGCUAAUGUUCAAAGUAAAAGAAGUAGCCAUA